UUAUCCGUAUUUCCUUGACGUGCCUACUGCCUACCGCAGUACCGCGUACGGUGUUUACUGUUCAUUGUUCGGUGUACAUUGUCGUUUGCUUUUUUGGUUCUUGUACUGAAUAGUUUAAUUUUCCCGAGUUUCCGUAUCGCUGUCUCGGCCCGGUGGAUCGCGAUUUACUAUGAGCGAACUACCGAACGAUAUGGAUCUGACAAAGUUUAUGGACGAAGUACGAUCUUUGCACCUUAAAUUAGACUCUGUGACCAAGACGCUCAGCACGUUGGAUAAAAAGAUCAACGACAUAACUGAAUCACAGCAGAUUGGAGGCGAAACAGUGCGGAAAUCUGCCAAUUCCAUUAACAUUAUCAUCAGGUUUUUGGCCGAUUUAAGUAAAUUGUCACCUGAAGAAUUAAAAAAUACCCUGGUUGAAGCCGAUGCUAUUCUAAAUACUGUAAAUCCCAUUCCUACAGAUCAAAAUCUUGAUAACACUUUAGAAUGGAAUGUCACUAAAGAUAAGUUGAAAACGAUAUUGAAAGAAGUAUUUGAUUUACUUAGUUCAUUGCCCCUUGAUAUCAAAGUUAAUGCUAACAAUUCAGUGGCUUCGACAAGUACUGCAUAUAAUAAUAGCAAAGUAGAAGAGGAGAAAAUACUAUUUUGGAGAAAAUACAAAAACAAAUAUAAUUAUAUCGAGAAACUUAAACCUAAAUUGCCACCAUUAAACAACCCAGUUGAGGAAGUGGUAUCUCUACAAGAUGAUGUAAAUGGCAUUGUACAAAAUAAUGUAAAUCCCAUUGUAGAAAAUGAUGAAAAUUCCACUGUAAAAAAUGAUUUAAAUGACAAUACACAAAAUAAUGUAAAUGACACUGCACAAAACGAUUUAAAUGGCGAAUCAACAUGUACUGUAAAAGACAUUAUACAGAAUGAAGAAAGAUAUGAAUUCUAUAAAAGUAGACUUCAAAAUUCACCAUAUGAUAACCAAUUUUUCAAAACUCAUGUCAAAAAUUCUAUACUGACUUUAGCAUUGCCUAAUGGUGAAACCUAUGUAAGACCAGUGAGUUAUGUAGCACCUCUAAUUGUACUAAAAAAAUGUGAUGAUAUAUGUCCAAUUCCACUACUUAAAAAAACAACGGAUGAACAAUUUCAAAGUACUUCGAACAAUAUAAAUGAUUCUAAUAGUUAUAAUACAACUGCAAAAAUGAUUAAAAGAGAAACAAGAGCUAAUAAAACAAAGGAUGUAACAAAUAGUUUCAAUACCAAUGUUAAAACUACCACUGAAAAACGACGUUUGACAAUCAAAACUAGUAAAUAUGAACCAUCAAAAAAAAAAAAAAAUUAAAACAAUAUACACAAUAAAUUAAUUAUUAUUAUUAUUUUUUAUUAUUUGAUUAUUUUAAAUGUUUUAUAUUUAUUAAUGAAUAAAUUCUUGAUUCCAUUCUCAUUAUUCAAUACGCUUAAUUUAUGUGACAAGAAUUUAUGCAAUAUGAAUUUAAUAGAAUUACACAAGGCUGUACCUGUGUGAGGUUUAAAGGUUCACCCAUCGGUUUUCUUCCAGAUUGGGAAACUUUGAAAUUUAACAUCAAUUUUUAUGUUUUUAAUUACAUAUUGUUAUUAUGUUAUUAUUACUUAAUUAGUAAUAAGUUCCAGCAUGCAUACAUUUUUAUACAUUUUGUAACUAAUGAAACUUAAGUGAAAUUUAUAGUUUGUAAGGAAAUGUUUUGUGUGAAAAAAAUGGUAAUUUACGUUUUUAAUUAAAUGUAUUUUUAAGCAUUCAAUUAUAAAUCCUUAAUGAUAGAUGACAGAUGUCACUGAUAUAAGUGUCAAACAAUGUUUCCUUGUUUGAACGAUGUACAUUUAUUUUUGUAUUAUGUGCCUAUUCUAGCUUAGAUAGUAUAUAUAUUUUUUAUUCAUGCCUAUACUAAUAUGUAUGUUUAGUAUAUUCUAUAAUAAUAUAUUGUGUGUAGUGUGUACAAGUAUAGCUAGUAAUUAUAUAUGCUGAUUCUUAUUUUAUUUUAUUUUAUUUAUUUUUAAUGUUUGUAAAAAAAUCAGAAUAAGGAAAUGCUGGGUGUCCGACCAAUAUUGGUUACAGAAAUCACACUUUAUUCUCUUAGGUUAAUCUAACUAACCAAGGUACAGUUGAAAUGUGGACUAUGUGUAAGAUAAUAUUUUGUGUUAUUAUUUUCAAUAGAUAUUUCCACAAAACCAUUUUACAUUUUUUUUCUCUAUAAAGUAGACAAGUACCUGAUAAUAAUUAUGCCAUAAAUAAUUAAUUUUAAUUUUAAGUUGGAAUAAUGAUGUUAUUGUAAAUAUUUAAAUCAUUUUCAUCAUCAUAAUAUUUAAUUUUAUAUUUUUGAGAAACUAUUAUAUAGUCAUUAUUACACCUAACAUUUUUUACUUAUUCUUUUUUUUCCCCUGCACUUUUCUUUUAACAAAUACAAAAUUAAAUUCUUAAGAAGAUUUUUAUUUUUUCUCAUAAUCACGUUGAAAAACAAUCUUAUGAAGAUGUACCAUUUUAAGUUGAUUUUAAAAUGUAAAUUAGUUUUAUUUAUAAUUAAUAAUUAUAUUUUUUAAUGCACAAUGAUAAUUAUAUUAGGAAUCAUGUUACUACUGUUCGAGUUUAUUAUUUUGUCAUUGUUAAGUUAAGUUUGAUAAGUAUUUUUUUCUUUAUGCCCAUUAAUAUCAAAGUAUUUAUUGCUUAUUGUACUUUUUAGUUGGUUUUUUUUUAUGUACUUUAGUGCUGAAAAUGAUCUUUCACAUGUAACUUGUGUUACAGGUAAUGUCAAAUGUCAAUAAGAACUAGUAUGCCAAAACAAAGUUGUAUAUUUAUGUGUUUGAAAAUAAACUAUAUUAUAUUAUGGCUUUGUAACAAAAAGAAGACAGUAAAUGACAACUUUUGGAUGAUUUUA